AUGGACAAACUCCUUAACAUAAUUUAUCCUCCGAAACGGCCACAUGUACUGCGUGGAGUAGUCUAUACCGAUUCUGCCUACCUUCAAGCACGCAUCGACGAGUUGAAAGAAAAAUUCUUCAAGGAGUGGGAGGUCAUUGAUAUAAGUGAUACUACCACGGAGAAGACGAAAGAGGGACUCAAGAAUAUAGAGGGUUACCCUGAGGAUAUUGAUAUGGAGAAGUGGGGAUUGACCAAGAAGCGAUGGGCUACACCUAGUCAUUCUGGGUUGGUUACCAAGGGGAAGAAGGUGGUGACGAUGGGUGGUGCAGGAAAAGAUUACACACCGCAUUUACUGAGACUUUACAACAAGCUCACAACGACCAAGUAA